AUGGUCAUAUUUAAAAGGGUUUGUGACAUACUUCAGGAUCAUAAAGCCCUUCUGAAGGAGAAGUUUCAGUGUUUGACUGAGGGAAUCUCCAAGCAGGGAAACCCCACACUCCUCAAUGAGAUCUACACAGAGGUCUACAUCACAGAGGGGGGCAGUGGAGAGGUCAAUGAAGAACAUGAGGUCAGACAGAUUGAGGCAGCAUCCAAGAGAUCAGAUGCAUAUGACAAACCAAUCAAAUGCAAUGAUAUUUUCAAACCUUUACCUGGACAAGAAAAGGAUAUUAGAACUGUGCUGACAAAGGGAGUGGCUGGCAUUGGGAAAACAGUCUCUGUGCAGAAGUUCAUUCUGGACUGGGCUGAAGGAACGUUCAAUCAGGAUGUCCACUACAUAUUUCCUCUUCCCUUCCGUGAGCUUAACUUAGUGAAGGAGGAACAUCUCAGUUUAGUGGGUCUAAUUAAACGAUUCUGUGGUGACAUCCAUGAUUUGAGUAUUUUCACUGAUGACAAAUGCAAAGUGCUGUUUAUCUUCGAUGGUCUGGAUGAGUGUCGGAUUCCUCUGAAUUUCAACUCCACCUUUAAGUGUUGUGAUGUAACAGAAGCAACCACAGUGUCUGCUUUGCUGACCAACCUCAUCAAGGGGAAUCUGCUGCCCUCUGCUCUCCUGUGGAUCACCUCCAGACCAGCAGCAGCCAAUCAGAUCCCUCCUGAGUGUGUGGAUCAGGUGACAGAGGUACGUGGGUUCAAUGACCCCCAGAAGGAGGGGUACUUCAGGAAGAGAGUCAGUGAUGAGGACAUGGCUAGCAGAACCAUUGGCCAUCUGAAGUCAUGCAGGAGCCUCUUCAUCAUGUGCCACAUUCCUGUGUUCUGCUGGAUUGCAGCCACUGUGCUAGAGAUAAUGUUGGGAGAAAGAAACACAGGAGAGAUCCCCAAGACUCUGACUCAAAUGUACACACGCUUCCUGAUGAUUCAAACACAGAUCAAACAGAAGUACACAAACAGAAAAGAGACGGAUGAAGGGAUGAUUUUCAAGCUGGGGAAACUUGCUUUUCAGCAGCUGCAGAAGGGCAAUCUGAUCUUCUAUGAGCAGGACCUGAGAGAGUGCGGCAUUGACUUCACAGAGGCAUCAGUGUACUCAGGAGUGUGUACCCAGAUCUUCAAAGAGGAAGCCGGGCUGUACCAGGGGAAGGUGUUCUGCUUUGUGCAUCUCAGCAUUCAGGAGCAUCUUGCUGCAUUGUAUGUGCACCUCACUCUCAUCAUCGAAAAGGAAAAUGUUCUGAACCCAAUUACCCCAUGGCCAGCCACGUUCAAAUCCAAGCUUACUCGAUUUUUUGUGUCUGAUACAAAUGAGGGUGAUGAAGUGUCUGUGUACGAGCUGCACCAGAGAGCAGUAGAUCUGGCCUUACAGAGUGACAACGGACAUCUGGACCUUUUCCUCCGCUUCCUUUUGGGUCUCUCACUAGAGUCCAAUCAGAAUCUAUUGAGAGCUCUGCUGCCACAGGCAACCAUCCAAUCACAGAGCACAGAUGAAACUGUCCAGUACAUCAAGAAGAAGAUCAGGAAGAAUCCCUCAUCAGAGAAAUGCAUGAAUCUGUUCCACUGCCUCAAUGAGCUGAAUGACCAGUCCCUAGUGGAGGAAAUCCAGAACUACCUGAAGACAUCAGGAGGUCUAAAGAAAACCAAACUCUCCCCUUCACAGUGGUCAGCUGUGGUGUUUGUGCUGCUGACCUCAGAUCAGCAGCUGGAUGAGUUUGACCUGGAUGAAUAUGGCGGAUCAGAGGAAUGUCUGCUGAGGCUGAUGCCUGUGGUCAAGGCCUCCAGAUCAGCAAAGCUGUCUUGGUGUAAGCUGACAGGGAAAAGCUGCUCCUCUCUGGCUGCAGCCCUCAGCUCAGGCUCAAGUCUCAGACAGCUGCACCUGAGUAGGAACUAUAAUCUGCAGGACUCUGGAGUGGCACUUCUUAGUGCUGCAUUAGGAAAUCCACUCUGUCAACUGGAGACACUAGAGCUGCAGUCCUGUAACCUCACAGGGGAAAGCUGCUCCUCUCUGGCUGCAGCCCUCAGCUCAGGAUCAAGUCUCAGACAACUGGACCUGAGUUGGAACUAUAAUCUGCAGGACUCAGAUGUUGAGCCUCUCUCUGCUCUUCAAAGGAACCCAGAGUGUAAACUACAGAAACUAGAGUACGUACCAAUAUGA